AAAUUGUCUGCAUAGUGCACAGUGACUGUGUACUAUAAUAUAAAUACAAAUUAUUUAACAAAAAUCUUAACAUUUUUAUUUUGAGUAAAAUAAAAUAAUAAUUAGUUUCAGAAUACUUUUUUAAUUUCAAUAUUUCAUUUCGAAAUGUCUGAAAAACCAUCAAAAGAUGAAAAUUCACAAAAUGCAUUGUCUGAAUUAUUGGAUGAUGCACUUAAAGAUUUUGAAGAUUCUGCUGAAAAAGAAACACCAUCAGCUAUAUCUGAAAUUCCUUCUUUCAGUACAAAUGAUGACUUUUUAAAAGAAAGCCUUGAAGAAACAAUGAAAUCAUUCAUGAACAGUGACCAAGCAGAACUAACGGCUGGUUUACAAGCAUUAAUAUUAGGUGAAUCUGGAUCUGAUUUACAAGCUGUUAUUCAAGAGUCAUUAAAAAGUCUAUCAGAAGUGAAACAAAAUUUGCCUGAAGGAAGUGAUAUGGGUUCUAUGUUUGCAAACAUGGGUAUACAAGAUGACAUCAACAUGGACGAUGAUAUGUUACCAAUGCUGAUGCAAUUUAUGCAACCAUUAUUGAGUAAAGAAGUUUUAUAUCCAUCCAUUAAGGAUUUAUGUGAUAAAUAUCCAAAAUGGCUCGAGGACAAUGAAUUAACAUCGAAUAAAGAAGAAUUUGAUAGGUAUACACAAAUGUUUGGUUGCAUAAAAGAAGUUCGAAAUCAUUUAGAAAAUCAACAAGACACCGAUGAUGAAGUUACUAAAACAAGAAAGUUCAAAGAGCUCAUGGAAUUAUUAAAAAAAAUGCAAGAAUGUGGCCAACCGCCAGAGGAAUUAUUAAGAGAUGUUGCUGAUGGAAAUCCAAUGCCAGAUAAUAUUGGUCAAUGUAACCUCAUGUAGCAAAUAUUUGCCAUAAAUGAUUAUUUUUAUUGAGUCUUAUUUAUUUAUUUGUUAUCAGUCCGAUAAAUGAAGACUGAAUUAACAUAGGGUAUAGGUGAAAGGGUAGCAGAUUUCAUGUGACAAAUUUACUUUUAAAAAUAAAUGCCAUGAUUCAAAUUUCUAAUUUUGUUAACUGUACAGAUUUUUUAAUGAUUUGU